GACAACGUUUAGCUGAACAACCGUCGCAGAACCAUCCGUCGCCGAAAACGAAAAGUCCCUAAUAAGAGCUGGUAACAGAGAUCGAUCCAUCCACAGAGUGUGGGAGACUAUAUAAAACUACGGCUGAACUCGGUCGGAUACAUUCUGCUAAACGCACUGUGUUGUAGAAGGAUCAUCUUUCAUCAUCAUCAUCAUCAUCAUCACAAUGUCUGCACCCCGGCAGAGCGUCUCAUCUCCCCACGGCCUGGGAGGUGAGUACGACCCCCUAGCGGACUCCUGGUUGUGGGCCCCUCCACCGACGCAUACAUCGAUUCUGGUUCUGGUGAAUGCUUGCUUCAUGUAUCUACUAUGGAGGGAUAAUCGCCGCCGUAUGAUGCAGAGGGGAGCAGAACCUCCGGGCCCCAAGGGGAUUCCGAUCAUCGGAUCGCUUCUGGAGCUACGCGGAAAUCCGAUACUGCGCCUUCGUGACAUCGCUCAACAGUACGGACCAAUAGUUUCAAUCAAGUUCGGGAUGCUGAAGGUUGUAAUGUUGAAUGACGUGCCGACCAUCCAGAAGGCGUUAGUGACCAACUCGACCAUUUUCAACGACAGACCGACAUUCCUUGGCAUUCUUACUGGUUCAGGGAGAACAAAAGGAAUGGUGUCUCUGAGCAGUGGGCCAUUCCACCGGAACCAACGACUUCUCACGGCUGACAUACUCCGUAGUCUGGGUAUUGGACACACCAAAGGGGAAGUGUUUUUCAGCCAUAGUGUGACCGCUCUCUGCAACUAUCUGACGGCGAGUGACCAGCGUCCCAUCGACUCCAUGCAGAUCAACACAUUCGUAUUUGACGCAUUUACAUCAUUGAUGUUUGGACCGGACUGGGAGGUGAACAAGUCACUUACAGAUCUCCGAGAAUCCCCCUCUGAAAUAUUGAACAUGAACCCAGCAAUGAUCCUGGCCUCGCAGUUCUUCCCCAAUUUCAUGGUUAGAAACAUCGUGCCGCAGAGAUACAAACUGGAGAAUGCGUUGCGAUCUUUGCUUCAGAACACCCGGCGCCGGGCCGAGGAAAACCCGGACACAGUGGAAGAUGAGUUUGAUUCUUACGUAGAUGGCAUUAUAAAGAUUCAAGAACAAUCCAAGAGGCAGCUUGCGAAGAACAAUGAUGCUGUGUUAAGGGAGAGAGCACAGGCUUUCUUAGCACCGGACGAACACUACACCCUCGUCUUGUUCGAUUUCUUCGUGGUAGGGACUGAGACGUCUUUAAUUGGACUGAAGUGGGUUCUUCAGAUUCUGAUGGUUUAUCCAGAAUGGCAGAGGAGAAUCCAGGAAGAGAUUGAUCACGUGGUUGGAGUUGGUAGCGAUGCACCAUCUCUUACGCACAAGAGCAAAAUGCACGUCACAAUGGCGACAAUUACCGAAGUUUUACGAUUCCGCCCGACGACUUCUCUCGGCGCCCCUCACCGAGUGACGGAAGACACUACUCUUGGUGGGUACUUCAUACCUGGAGGCACUACGCUCAUUACCAACAUUUACGCAGCAAAUACUGAUGGCGCUUUGUGGGAGGAACCGGACCGUUUUAACCCGAAACGGUUCCUGAACUCGGAGGGGAAGUUCACAGUGCCGAAUAAAAUCAUGACAUUCUCAACUGGUCAAAGGGCGUGCCCAGGAGAGAAGUGGACCCGUUCUUUAAUCUAUCUCUACAUCACCAACGUCUUGAAGCACUUCACGUUGAAGUUUCCCGAUGGCGCCCCAGUCCCAGACCUGGACGGUCACCCAGGUAUAAACCAUGCUCCGCACGAAUUCAAAAUUUGUGCUGUUCCUCGAUGAAGAAAUUUAUAGUGAUGUCCAGGAUGAAGUUGAAAUCAUAUUUGGACUAAAAAAAAAUGAUGGAAAUGACUGUCAAUGUACUGCAGUUGGCGCAAAGCGCACAAUCACAGCAUGAACACGCAUGAUAUCAUAAAGCAUGGCGAACUGUGUACAAACUUCUUCUGAUAGCGCCCUCUUUUGAAAUCUCCUCCAGCCCAUGUUAAUUUCCCAUUAGGGGGAAGAAUCUCCUGGGAGAAGAUUUCCCUAUAAUAAUAAUAGUGGCUUCUUAUAUAGCGCUCAGGUCAUGACGCU